AUGUCUUAUGUGGUUGUAGGAAAAGUCCAUCGCAGUAACAAAACGGUGGGGGCUCGCGGUGUUUCUCCAGCUCUGCGGGAGGCAUUAAGGUUGGUGAGGGACGCGUGGCCUGAUCCCUCGCAAAGCUGUUCUUGUUUCAGACCUGGCGGGACUACCAGCGGAGAUACAGGAACUGGGACGACUGGUGACGAAAUGGAAAGGGGCGUGUGGCCCGGCGGUGUGGGAGCAUCACCCGGUCUGCUGCGGCGCCGCUAUUCAAUGCCUGAGACGAUAAUGAGAAAAUAUCGCUUGGCGCAACAACGAUCAGAAUUGGAAGACAGCGGCGAGGCGAGUAGCAGUAGUGCGGGCAUUCCACGAUCAGCGUGCGGCGCAUGCUGCUCGUCGCGAAGCGCACGACGAGAUCCAAUGCGCAAAUCGGCCUUGAUGCGCAUGUGGGGCCGGGCAUGCGCUUGUACCUGCGUCAUGCCCCCGCGUUGUUCCUGUGCCACGACACGCUCUCUCGGUGCCUCCCGUUGUGAGCUACGUCCUCGUUCUCCUCGUUGCCUAACACCCGUCAACCCCAUACGCCUUCCAUCUACCCCUCUGAACAACCGACAAUCGACAUACAAUUCGCCACCUCGAUACGAUCUCAGUUCUUCUUCAGAUCGACCUGAGCACACUACAGUUUCUUCAGACACACAAAAUUUCACCUCGCAAAGCGAUAAAUCUUACGCAGGUGGAACAAAAGUAGAAUUAAUUACAAACCAUAAUGUUUCGGAUGUUUCUUCGUUGACAGACUCUUCAGAAACUUACUCAACGUCCUUGUUGACUGCUAAAGAGAAAGAAAGUCACGCCAAAUAUCACUCAUUACUGUCGAGCGGCAGCCCUCUCGAGGGAGGAUUGAGUGCGAGAUCAGGAAGUGUUCAGAAUAAUGAAAGUGAUGUUUUGCCUUACGACCAGCCACUCUCCAUUGAAACGCAGAAAUAUGACAUUCUCGAAAUCGUUGUCUCAGAAACCAUGAACGUUAGAUCAAUGCCACCUAUCACUAGCGAAACUACUGAAAAUAUACCCAGCCCCAUCAGACACUUGUCUAAGAAUAGGAAAACCCAAAAUAUUAAUAUAGAUGAAUAUGUGUCCAAUAUUCUGGUGGAAAGCUUAAACUCUUUAACGGGCCAGUUAGAAUCUAUGAACGCAUCUAUGGGUAAUGACAAAAAACUAAAUAUUGUCGAAAAAGAAAUAAAAGUUAAACUACAGAACACCGGUGUUAAUACAAUUGUGCAUCUCAGUCCAACAUCAAAUAAUCAGAUUAUAUUUGGAAAUGAAGAGCUCUGUCAUAGUGAAGAAAGACUUAAAAAUGAAAAUCUAUGUCUCAAUUCAAGUUGUCUUAUGAGGGACAGUGCAUUUAGCUUUGAAUCCAAUAAUAAUAAUUUGACUUCACCAGAAAGUAUUAAAGAUAACAACUGUAACCAACAAUUCCAAAAAUCUCUACAUGCACAUCCAGAAAACUUAUCAAGUGUUACAAAUAAUGACAGUUUCAACAAAUCUAUUUUACAACAAAUACAGAAACUAUUUAAAGAUGAGUUUCAAAGGAAUGAACACAAUUUAAGUAAGCCUUCUGUUAGUGACAUUCCUGAAAUUUCACACGUAGAAAUAUCAAACGUAGACGUCUAUUUAAACGAUAACGAUGCGUAUCCGGAAGCCGAAACUAUAGAAAUACAGACACAAAACGAUAAGGAAGACGCAGAAAUGUUAGGCGGCGUCGGUGCUGCCAAUUACUACAAAGAAAUAAAAGAACCCACAUUAGUGCCGAGAUUUUCAGCUUUGCCACAUAGCGACUCCAUGGAGGUAAACACAUCGUCAUCGGAGGACGCCGAUAUGUUGGGUUCAGAAUGCGCCAGCUUAGUAGAUAGCUUAGACGACCCUAACUCACCGAGAUCACUACUCUUACGUCGGGCCCACAAUAAAAGAAGUGAACUAGUACGAUCCUCUAUAGAUGUACUCGAUCUCCUUCCAGAAAAUGUAAGUCAAAAUGAAAAUCACUCUCCCAAAGAAAAAGGUGAAGCAUUUUUUAUAAGAAUAAAAGAUGACGACUGCGACUGUGAAAAAGAAAACAUUAUUGUAGCCGAUCAUAUGCCAGAGACGAUUAAACAAAGAUUGUAUAGAAGGCAUAGAAAACGAGAACAACGGAUGGAGUGUGUCAGGCGUAGUAAAGUCAAGCAAAUGAAAAUAGACGUCAUGAAACAAAGACUAAAUGAGAAUUAUAGAGCUAAAAAAGAAAUGGAAAAGGAAUGUACUGCUAUUGUAAACGCACUGAUAGAUGACGUUAUAGGUAAAAUCGCUCAAGAUGAGUAUAAGUGUAUGAAAAUCAAACAGCGAACUAACAAAUCAGAUGAUGUUUUAAAAAGAAAAAAGGACAUUGGUGAAUCUUCAAAGGUAAAUAAAACCAAAGUAGUACAUUCGCACUCUUGUUCUGAAUACAGAAACCUUAAGCAACCCCAAUCAUCAGAGAAGUCGAAUCGUGAUAAAUCGUCUAGACAUUUGCAGUUGCCCCCCACACCCGUAGAGCAGAGACCAAAAAGGAUUUAUCAAAAGUCGGAAAUACACGACGGCAAUAAAUGUAUAGAGAUCCUGGAAAUAUUAGAAUACGUUAACAGUUCACAAAGCUCAUCGGAAACGACCAAUUCCGACGAGAAUCAUAACAACUUUCUGUUGAGAAAUAAAAAGUCUAGAAUUCCUGUUCCCGUUUAUGAGAGAUUCGAAAGAUUACCACGAAACACUUCGCAGAAGAAAUACAAAAAUGGAAGAUUGCCGUCUACAUUGGCGCGGGAAAAAAACGAUAAAACCAAACAUUUGCUAGCAAGUAUGUUAUUAGAUGCGUUCGCGGAAGACACAACCGGAGAUCCUGCAAGACGCGCACCUGUGGCUUUAGACCCACCCGUCAGGUCCAACUCAUUAAGGUUUCAAAAUCAUUUUGAUAUUAUUCCCGAAGAGAAAAGCAGUCUUAGUAUGGAGUCUACGGGCGAUGAUACGGCAGUUCGUCGGGCAUCUGCGCCCCGUCUCGAAAUGAAUUUGCCUAUAGAAUCCGACUACAAAGACCGGCGCCAAUCUCCUAAAACAUCCGCGAGACAUUUGAAGAGCGCAGGAACCUCACCGAUGUCCGACUGGCAGCAAGCUCAAAAGGAUGUGGGUACAGCCACUUCGCCGAUGCCUAGAACCCGAGAUGUGGGGGAUCCUGCAGGUAACGAAAUUCGAAAAUCAGUGACAACGCAGUGCGACGAACCGAGGAGGAACGUUCAAAGAGAACUGUUAAGGAGUAGGGAACGGAAUAUUAAGAGUCAUAGUUGCCUUAAAAACACUGCUGUUAAAGAAAUUGCGAGGGAGAGAAGACGAAAGUGUGAAAGGGAGAAGGACAGAUCGGGGCGGAUGCGCGGCGGUUGUGGAUGUGACCAGUGCGAAGAGAGCGGUAGCUCCAGUGAGUCGAGCGGCACUCCUUUAUGUUCGGGAGCUUGGCGGGCCGCGAGACGUCGCCGAGCUCGUCAGGGCGAUUGGGCGGUCACGGUUGCAGGCUCUUGCGCCGCUGCGCUGCCCAAUGAUGUGGAGAUGCGACUGCGCUUCCCUGAUGCAAGCACACAACGAUAUGCACAGCACACUCAAGGGUCACCACCUCGGCCGCAUGUACACUGCGAUAAGAAUAACUCGUGUCCGGUGGAACACAUAAGAACGCGACGACACAGUGAAGAACCACCGCGACUGACACUCACCGUCAGAAAGGAGGCUUCAGAUUCUUCAGUUCUUGCAUCAAAGAGUAUGAAGAAGUCUCAUGAUCUCCUUCCCGAAUUGCACGAGACAUUUCGCGCCUCGCGUACUAACACCAAGAGUUCGCUCAAGACACGACGGGGAUGCUCCCCACACUGUUGGCUUCCAGACGGAGAUUUCACAAGCAUCCGGGCUCGUGAAGGUUUAUCAGUGUCGGGUAAUGCUAUUGUGCCGGAGCAAAAACCCCGGGUCCCGACUAUGAGCGAGCGUGACUUGACACGCCUGUAUACCCCUCGCAGACGGUUUUCAUAUCUGCGAUCUUAA